AUGUCCCAAUACCUCCCCCUAGACCAAACAGACAUAGAGCAACCUCUCAACAAUGAGAAAACCACCACACCCACCCCCUCUCUUCGAUGGCCCAUCCUCCUCCGCAACGGACUCGUCUCCCUCCUCGCCCUCUACGGGCUCAUCAGCCUAACCAUGCAAAUAUACACCUACCUCCCCAUCCCAUCUCCACGCAAAACCCACUCCUGCGCCUGCGGCUCAACCCCGGAGGAAGCCCUCUCCCGAGGCUGCAAAUUCGACCCCUUCGCACUCGCCUGGCUCCCAGACACCUGCCGCGACGACGCCCUAAUCGAGGAAUUCGAAGACCUCGGCAAAACGAACAACCACAGCUGGACGUUCUACACGUGGCCAAACGCAGAUCGGAUACUCACGCUGCAAGAAGUCUCGACGAUGGCGGAUGUGGUGGGCACGGAGAAUCGUACUGCGGUUACUACGACAGUGGAUUGGCAUCAUACGCAUUGUCUCUAUUUGUGGCGGAAGUUGUAUCGAAGCAGGUAUACGGGUCUUACGAUGGAGGGGAGGUAUGAUUCGGAACAUCAUCAGAAACAUUGCGUGGAGAGUAUUCUGGAGUGGGUGAGGGUUCAGGAGGAGGCGGGGAGGUUGAUUGGGGGGUCGGUGGUGGAUUUGUAUGCCGAUUAG